CACUGGGUUGGUGAACAAAACAUGAGAGCACCUUUUUGGGGUCUGUAGUUGAGUGAGAAGAAGUAACACACUCCAGUGCAGUAGGUGGCGGUAUGCACUUAAAAGUUGUUUGCAAUCCGUCAUCAUUAACUAAGAAGAAGAAGGAGAAGCAGAAGAAUAAGAAGAAUAAGACUCAUAACAUCGUUGAACACUAUGUCGUCUCUCAUGUGACAGAAUUUUACGGGAUGUGUGAGGCUGCAGAGAAAGACCUGUAUGCAGUCCUGGGAGCCAGCCCUUCAGACUCUCUCCAGCAGCUCAGACACCGAUACCAGCAGCUGGCCUUACAGUACCACCCAGACCGUCUUGGAGGUGAGUGUUCUUCAGAAGCAGAGUCUGGUGUGAAGAAGUUUCUAGAAGUUGAUGCAGCGUGGAGGAUCCUUAGUGACCAGAACACCAGGAGACAGUAUGACCUGCAGAGGAGAGUGCGGGAACUGAAACAGGACUGGCCAGUGGAUUCUACAGUCUAUCUGGAGGACAUGACCUGGGACCAGGACGAUUGUGUGUAUACAUACAGCUGUCGCUGUGGAGGAAGAUUCAACAUCUCAGAGGAGGAGGUGAAGGAGGGGACACAGAGGAAGCGGCAGGAAGAUGAAGAGGAAACGGAGGAGGAAGAGCUCAGAGGAGUGUUUAUUUGCUGUGAUACAUGUUCCCUCAGUGUGUACGUCACAUGGUCAUUGCACAGAAAGACUCAAAUGUUAAAAUGCCAAUAAUACUGCUUAUGAUGUCUCUAUAAUAAUAUGAAUACCUUUCACCUUGGACACUGCAAAGCUAAAUAAUUGCGUUAACAUUACCCUUUUUGGAACCAAGUGGAGAGUUUAAGAGACAUCUAAGACUUUGUUCAACAUCUCCAUCACUUCUGUUUAGGGGCCGACGAAGCAAGGCACCAAAGCACCAAUAAAACAGCUCAUUGGCCGAUUCACUAAGGUCAAAGUGUGUGAAUGUUGCUUAGCCAUCCAUCUCUUUGUAAACAGUGGCUUAUCAGCAGUAGUGGAUGUGAACAACCGAUCUCUGACCAGGGACCUGUUCUUCAGCCAUGGGCUGGGUAUCCUAGGCAAAAAAAGAUCAUAUGAAUUCUCAUUCAGCCAUAUAGUUUCUUUGACAUGUAAUCUUAGAUGAAGUGUGAUUAAAGAGAAACUUCAGGAUUGUUAACCAGGAUCAUAUUUUCCCAUGUUUUUGACAGACACAAGUGACAAUUAGUGACACAAUUUGUGUGGAUAUUUUGUAGAGCAAGUGGAAGAGAAAUGAACUUAGACCAGGAUAAGUCAUAUAAACAAAAAACAAGUCUGUGUUCACACCACCAUACAUCCAACUCAGAAUGCCUUGAUUGAUCAGUCAUGAGUCGAUCCAAGUAUUCUGCAGAGUAGGAACCACUCGCAGUUAAAAUAUUUUACCUCAGAAGUGGCGCCAAUGUUAUUCAGACUCUUCAAACCAGAGUGCUAUGAACUACACCAGUAAGAAUGAUAAUGUGGGGGAGAGCUAGCUUGCUAGCCAAAUUUGACAUUACCUAAACAUAAUGCCUCUAUCAUGUCGGUGUUGAAAAUAGUGUUGGUAAUCUGAGUAGGGGAGGCUGGGGAUUGUUGUAACAGUUUUUGUCUCAGCAACUCUUAACCUUUUGUGUUACAGCUCUCAAAAUAUGACACAAUUUGUCUACUACCAAAGCAAUGUUUACCACAUCUCCAACUAUAUCACAGAAUUAAUUAAUUGAUGUCAAAUACAAGGAGUUCCAUUGUUACAACUUGCCCUCUACCGGGUUAAGGUGCAACUUUAAGAGUGAAGAAUAAAACAAAUUGAGACUACA